AUGGUUCAGAUGCAAUAUUCUUCCAUUAUUAAAGUUCAACGUUCCAAUAAUGGAGGAGAAUACAUUAAUUUUGAGUUGUCGAAGUUUCUCUGUGGUCAAGGGAUUCUCUAUGAAACCACAUGUCUGUAUACCCCACUGCAAAAUGGGGUUGCAGAGCGCAAAAAUCGUCACAUUUUGGAGACAGCCCGUGCCUUACUCCUUGGGGCCUCGGUCCUCACUCAACAUACUCCAGUGGUGUCUAGUAAUACUCUCACUCCUCGAGUGUUUGGUUGUGUGGCUUAUGUUCAUAUUCAAAAAUACAUCGUAGUAAAAUGGAUCUGUGUGCACUACGGUGUGUCUUUGUGGGUUUCUUGUCUCACCAAAAAAGGGGGAGAUGUGACUGUUGAACAACGUGUAGAACUUGGUACUGAGCCCAUACUAGGAGAGUCUCAGCAAGCUACUAUCAAGAAGAACCCUAUUAUUGAACAACCUUGUGCGGAGCCCAGUAUAUCCAUUAUUGUGGAGCCUAGUACGCAUUCUCUGUCUAAUUCUGAAGUGCCACCCAAUGCAUCUUCUCUGAAUAUGCCUGAGGUAAGUAUCGUAAGUGAUUGUCUAACUAAUCCAAGUGUAGCCAACUAUGUAUCAUGCAAUAAGCUUGCACCAGAGCAUCAGACUUUGGUAAGUAAUAUGGAGUCUAUCCAAGUACCAACUCGAGUGGAGGAAGCUCUAAAAGAUCCAAAGUGGGCAAAAGCAAUGGAUGAGGAAAUGUUGGUGGCUAAAGGAUAUACCCAAACAUAUGGGGUAGAUUACCAGGGGACUUUCUCCCCGGUUGCCAAGAUGAAUAUGGUACGUGUUCUUAUCUCUUUAGCUGCAAACAUGGAUUGGCCAUUAAAACAGUUUGAUGUGAAGAAUGCAUUUCUCCAUGGGAAUUUGGAGGAAGAAGUGUAUAUGGAUUUUCCUCCUGGAUAUAGCAAUGGUGAGAACACCGGAGUAUGUCGGUUGUGUAAGUCACUCUAUGGACUUAAGCAAUCGCCCCGUGCAUGGUUUGGUAGAUUUACCCAAGUCAUGAGAAAGAAUGGAUAUUGUCAAAGUCAUUCUGAUCACACUUUAUUUGUGAAGCGUAGACAGAAUAAAGUCACAACCUUGAUUAUCUAUGUAGAUGACAUGAUUAUAACAGGAAACGAUGCUGAUGAGAUGUCCAAGUUGCAAGGAAAUCUCACGGUCGAAUUCGAGAUGAAGGACUUAGGGGAUUUGAAGUAUUUCUUGGGAGUUGAAGUUGCUCGCUCGUCGAAAGGUAUCUUCUUGUCUCAACAUAAGUAUGUACUGGAUUUAUUAAAAGAAACUGGUAUGUUGGGAUGUAAGCCAGUAGAGACUCCUAUUGUUGAGAAGCAUCAUUUGUGUUUGGAUCCGAAGCAGGAAUUCGUUUAUAAGGGUAGAUAUCAUACACUUGUAGAGAGAUUGAUUUAUUUGGCUCAUACUCGUCCUGAUAUUGCCUACGCUAAAAAUGGGCAUUUGAGGAUUGAAGGGUUUACUGAUGCGGAUUGGGCAGGUGAUGUAACUGAUAGACGGUCUACUUCUGGAUAUUUUACCUUCUUUGGAGGGAAUUUGGUGACAUGGCGAAGUAAAAAACAGAAGCUGGUGUCACGGUCUUCAGCUGAGGCCGAAUAUAGAGGUAUGGCUCAAGGAAUCUGUAAAAUCCUUUGGCUCCGAAAACUUCUUUUGGGAAUUGGGUUUAAACCAAAGGAUACCAUGAAGUUGUUUUGUGAUAACAAGUUAGCAAGGGACAUAGCUGAUAACCCAGUACAGCAUGAUAGAACGAAGCAUGUAGAGGUUUGA